AUGGAGAUGGACAACAACCUCCUUACGACAAUAGUGGAAAGGUGGAGAAAAGAAACACACACAUUCCACCUUCUGGAGGGAGAGAUGACGAUUACGUUGAAGGAUGUGGCCAUGUGA